AAAGCUGUUAAAGAUAGAGAUAGAGAGAGGGGGAGAUGGUAGGACCCACGAAAACAGUUUAAUUCAGCCGUCCGAUUUGUCGUCUCUAUCAUCUCCGUCCACUAUCGUCGCUCCUCCCUUCUUUGUGUGGUUUUGACUCUCCAUUUUCUUCUCUCUUUUUAUUAUCCGCUCUCACUGAUAAUCUGCAACGCAACACGUAUAUCAAUCUCUCUCUCACUCUCUCUCUGUGUGUUCUUUGUUCUCUUAUUUUAUAUAAACGGACAGUCUCUUCCUUGUUCAGAACUCUAAAACGAGGAAUCAAUCAGAGGUAAGAGAGUACAAAAGGACGACCCCGUACUGUAGAUGCAUAGAUAGUUAGAUAUAUAGCGGUUUUACAAAGCUGAGUUUACUGGUUUCUUCAUUCACAUCUAUCAAAUCGAACUUUCUCAGUUUCUCCUGUGAAUUGACUCGGGUGAGAACUCUAUAGUUGUUAUGAGGGUUUGGGUUUGAAGAUCUUCUUCUUUCACUUCUGGGUUUGUUCUUACUUAGGCUCUUUUUAUUGGGGCGUUUUGGGCUGAAACGCCAUCCAUGGCGGGUAGUAAUGAAGUCAAUCUCAGUGAAUCGAAGAGGGUUGUUCCCCUGAACACAUGGGUCCUCAUUUCCAAUUUCAAGCUCGCUUACAAUCUUCUUCGCCGUCCUGAUGGAACUUUCAACCGGGAUUUGGCGGAGUUCCUUGAACGUAAAGUUCCCGCCAAUACGAUUCCUGUGGAUGGGGUUUUCUCUUUUGAUCAUGUUGAUAAAGCCACUGGCCUCCUUAAUCGGAUCUACCAACCAGCUCCUGCAAAUGAGGCACAGUGGUGCGCUAUAGAGCUCGAAAAGCCCUUGAGCACCACUGAGAUUGUUCCAGUCAUACUAUUCUUCCAUGGUGGAAGCUUCACCCAUUCCUCCGCCAGUAGUGCUAUUUAUGAUACCUUUUGUCGUCGCCUUGUGAGCGUUUGCAAGGCUGUUGUGGUGUCUGUUAAUUAUCGCCGAUCACCUGAGCAUCGGUUCCCAUGUGCGUAUGACGAUGGUUGGACAGCUCUUAAGUGGGUUAAAUCCAGGAUAUGGCUCCAAAGUGGAAAGGAUCCAAAAGUUCAUGUAUACUUGGCCGGAGAUAGUUCAGGAGGGAAUAUAGCUCACCAUGUAGCAGUCAGGGCAGCAGAAGAAGAUGUGGAAGUAUUGGGUAAUAUCCUCCUUCACCCAAUGUUUGGUGGGCAGCAGAGAACAGAAUCAGAGAAGAGAUUGGAUGGGAAGUACUUUGUUACAACCCAGGACCGGGACUGGUACUGGAGAGCAUUUCUCCCUGAAGGUGAAGAUAGGGACCAUCCAGCAUGCAACCCCUUUGGUCCUCGAGGCAAGAACAUAGAAGGACUCAAGUUCCCUAAGAGUCUUGUUGUUGUGGCUGGUUUGGAUCUUAUUCAAGACUGGCAGUUAGCAUAUGUUGAAGGACUGCAGAAAUACGAGUUUCAAGUGAAGCUUCUUCAUCUAAAGCAGGCAACCAUUGGGUUCUAUUUCUUGCCAAAUAAUGAGCACUUCUACACUCUCAUGGAUGAGAUGAAGAACUUUGUGAAUCCCAACUGUUAAUAGAACUACUUGACCUUACUUACUGGCAGCCAUACAUAACUGAUGCUUGACUUUUCACUUGGGUCUUUUUAUUUUCCCCUUUUGGCAGUGACGGUGUGUAGAGCUAUAAGAUUCUGUAGUAUUAGUUCUUACUUUUGUUACUAUUCGCGGUGGUGAUACCAGAGUUCUGCUCCUUCUGGGACUGGUUUCAUGGAAUGCGGUUACCAGUUUAUCUGAGAAGGCCAGUUUCAAUAAUUCCCGAGGAUCGGAGCUCGUCCAUUGGAUUGGACUGAACCACCAGAUACAAAGCUUACCCCAGUUAGCUUCCCAGCCAAGAAGACAGGAAUGGAGAAGUGUGGGGGUAAUGGUUGAUUAAUUUUUUUUUUUGUUUAACUAAACUGGCUAUCAGAAGCACUAAUGUCAAAAACAUGGAAUGGAACAUAUCCACCCUGUUUAUGAUCUUUUGUAUGUCAUAUACUUUGUGUUCUAUAACUCUAUAAAGAAUUUUGUUUGCACAUUAA